UCAAUGCGCCUCCAUUAUUGAAGCACGACAAACCAUCUGAACACAAGACUUCCGCUCCAUCGUAGCCACAAUGAGGACCUCACUGCUGCAACUCAGCUCGCGAACCCGCCUCGUCGUCUCCCACACAACCCGCCAAUUUUCAACCACCCCACCCCUCUCCGCCCGAAACCGCAUCUACCCAGCCCGCGUCCGCAACGAAGAAGACCUCCACACCCUGAUCCUCAGCAGCGCCAGCAGUCGCGUCCCCCUCAUAACCCUCUGGAUGACAACCUGGAGUCGUGACUGCGAUGAAAUUCUACCUCUCAUCAAAGACCUCAUCGAACAUGACGGUGUAGGAGAAGACAAAGGCAGCGUGAGCUUCGCAGAAAUAGAAAUGGAUAGUCCAGAUUUAGGAGGAGUUUCCGGAAUUGCGCAAAGGUAUAUGGUUACUUCGGUUCCGACGCUUUUGGCGUUUGAUCGACAAGAACCGCAGAUUGAGACGAAGGUUGCGAGGUUGGAGGAUUUGAAAAGUAGGGAGUUUUUGAGGGGGUGGAUUGAGAGGGAGGCUGCGAGGCAUGGGAGUGGGGGUGCGGGUGGGAGGUUUUUUGGACUGUUUGGGAGAUGAGUGUAGAUGCGAAGAAGAGGCGACAGCAUGAUGGAGCUGACAUGGAAGCGUCCGCAGUGAUGCUGGCUUGAUUGCAUGGGUUCUGGGCUGAUUUGAUGCGCUUCCCAGUAGCGAAAUCAAGACAGCUGGGGUGGUACUGAGGCCCGCAUCUUCGCUUCACUUGUCGCCAUCUAGGCGGAGAAGUGGAGAUGUUCAGGGCCAAAUUAGGCAGAGCGCUUCUCAGAGCGACGAAACUUGGCCAAGAUCCGUCUUCCUCUGCAAUGAGUUGCGAUCGAUUCGGCCAGCCGAAG